AUGAACCUCUUGUCAAUCCGAUUGACGAGUUCAUAUGAUAAUGCAAACGUUUACUCCGUUUCACAUUUUGUUCUUUCUGAGACCUUGUUCAUUAUCCUGUUUAAUCUUUCUUUAUCUUACCCGAUUACUCUUUCCCACCCUGCUUCCCUCUUUGGUGGUAGAGGCCAUUGCAGCAUCCCAUAUGCUGCGUCCCUUGGUCUCUAUAAACUGAUCAUAAGAUUUAAGAUUUCUGAUAAUGCAACAAAAACUCAGAGAUACAGCGAGAAAGUUACAUCUUUACUGUAUAUGUUUCCUGUUGAAACUCACCUCAUAAUCUCUCUUUUCCUUCAAACACAAUGCAAAAACCUACAAAGCCUCUUAACACCCAAUGGCGAAAGAGAUGUAGACCGCACCUAUGGUUGGAGUGCCGCCGAUGAUCAUCUCCGUUGUAGCUUGAAUGAGCAAAUGACCGCGAGGGCAGCUGUUCCCGUGGGCUGCCGGCUUGAUAUGCAGAGCGAGACUGCAUUUGCCUUUACCUCCCGUUCAUUACUCAUUUCUUUGUCGUUUAUAUGGAACUUAGAUUCCAUGAGAAGAUUCGUUCAGAUUCAUUUCAGUACACAGACGAUAGCUCUCUCAAGUAUCGUCUUGAAACACAUCUUGCCGAAUAAGAUGUGUUGA